AUGCACUCCGACAAUGGCUCUACAUCACAAGCCUUGACCAAUACCUAUCAGUCUCCUGGGCGGCUCAAGAAUCAACUGACUUUCGAAUGCGCCGACGGCGAGACGAUCGUAGUUGAUCGCGAUAUUGCCGAAGCAUCCACGCUAAUUGAGGGUAUGGUUGGCGAUCUUGGUGAGGAGGCCUUCGGACACUCUAUUUCGAUCCCGGGUGUUCAUAUCGCCGUUCUCAAAAAAGUGAUCGAAUGGUGCACCCGUCACAGGCAAAACGGCCCCCGGCCCAAAGACGGCUCCGACCUUUGGAAGGAGAUCACAGGUGUCGAUCUCUGGGAUCGGGAAUUCGUACAAGUCGAUCAAGAGAUGCUUUUUGAGAUCUUGCGUGUAGCCGACUACCUGCACGUAAAAGGGCUCCUUGACCUCUGCAUCGAGACGGUCGCUCAUAUGAUGAAGGGAAAGUCACCAGAGGAAAUCCGCAAGAUUUUCAAUAUUCAGAAAGAUCUGACGGGUGAGGAGGAACAACAAAUACGCUGUGAAAAUCGCUGGUUUUAUGGGGCUGGAGCGUGA